GAGAGUGUUUUAGUAAAAGAAAAUUAAUAUUCCUGAAAAUAUGAAUUUGCCAAUUUGUAACGUUUUCUGAAAAUUUCCUCUGCCAAAGUCCAAAGGAGAGUUUUUCUUUAUUACUAGGGCAUUCUCUGCAGAUUUCUUCUCCUUAAGCCAUGGAAUUGCCCCCAAAAGUGAAAAACAUCUUGCUUUUGGAUUCUGAAGGAAAGCGUGUAGCGGUUAAGUAUUACUCAGAUGACUGGCCAACAAAUUCAGCUCAGGAAGCGUUCGAAAAAUCCGUGUUUACAAAGACUCAGAAAACAAAUGCUAGGACCGAAGUGGAAGUGACAGCACUGGAGAACAACAUUGUUGUGUACAAAUUUGUGCAAGAUCUCCAUUUCUUUGUUACGGGCGGUGAAGAGGAAAACGAGCUUAUCUUAGCCAGUGUGCUUGAGGGACUCUUUGAUGCAGUGACCCUUCUCCUUAGAAGCAAUGUUGAUAAGAGAGAGGCACUAGACAACCUUGAUCUCAUCUUUCUAAGCUUUGAUGAAAUUAUCGAUGGCGGUAUUGUUCUGGAGACGGAUGCAAAUGUAAUAGCAGGUAAAGCAGGGAUCAAUAGCACUGACCCUAACGCUCCUCUAUCCGAGCAGACGAUAAGUCAAGCACUCGCGACUGCAAGAGAACAUUUGACAAGGUCACUUAUGAAAUGAUGUGUGUUUUGCUCUUCGGUAAUAAUGGUUGUUUUUGUCAUGGUGAAUGUGUGUUUUGUCUCUUGUAGUUGAGUGACUAUACUCUUAAAUAUAAAAGUUACUUUGCACUUGGGAGAUAGUUACCGUUCUUAAGGUCAAACAAUUCUCUGGUGAUUUCUUCACUCUUUUUCAUGUUCCAUACACAAUUAAAUUACAAC